CUACUAUAUAACAAAUAAUUUGAGUAGCAUUUGAUGUAGCUCGGAGCUCCAGUACGUUUAGUUUCUUGCUGUGCAAUGAAGGCGACGGUACUUGCACUUUGCUUGAUGUAUGUGUCAGUGGUUGGUGGUGAGGGUGAUGGUGAGUCCAGUGGCAGUGACGAGGAAGUUGCUGUGCCUAUAAAGUGUGUACAGGGUGAUGGGAGUGAUAUGGAAGCAAAGGUCUGUGAAGGGGACGAUGCAGCAACCAAGUGCAGCCAGCCAAGGUAUGUAGAGUACACAGGUAUGUCAGAAGGGGUAGACUACGCUUGUGGACCUUGUGCAGACGAUACAGAAGAUACAUGUGAGAGCUGUUUAGGAGAAACGGAGACAGCCUGCAAUGUGAAGAAGGAUACUGAUGAUGACUUCAAGUGCCAUAGUUACGAGUAUAAUUUAACAGACAAAAAGUUCAUAAUGAAAGAGGAUUUAACAAUCUGCAAAAGACUGGAGGGAACUCUAAUUAAGUGCAACAUGCCCGGAGAUUUUGCAGACGAAGAUUACGAAGUCAAGAAAAAGGGGUGUGGGGGAUGUAGGUACUCGGACAAAGCAGCAAGGGUAUGUGCGGAAUGCGAGGAUAGAGAUGUGUGCAACAGAACACCUGUCAAGUGUGUCCAGGGGGACGGUUCUGAUGGGUUGGGUAGAAUUUGUAUACCCGAAAAGUCUCAAGCACCACCCACUGUGUGUAGCAAGCCGAAGUUUCUAGAGUAUGAAGGUUUCGCAGACGGAACCUACAGCUGUGGAGACUGUGACACUAACACAUGUGAGGAAUGUGACGGGAAUGAUGUCACAGCGUGUAACACCAAGAUAACCACCGUGGGAAGAGAUUUCAGGUGUAAUGAGUACAAAUUCGAUCAAGACAGCAAAAGUUACAUUAAAAAGAACAUGGAGGAAACAGAGGGAACAGUCACUUGCAGGAGACUAAAAACAACCCCCAUGCUGUGCAACAAGCCAGUUGCUAACGAUGGUAAAAAAGUACAGUUUUUGGACAACACCCGCUGUGGAGGAUGCACAGUUAGUGGUGUACAGGCUGAACACUGUCAACAGAUAGAUCCGGUGCCUAUAUUGUGUUUACAGGGAGAUGGAACGAACACAGAGGGUCAAACAUGUCCCAAAUCUGGGGAUGAUGGCGUGCCAGUCAAGUGCCACCAGACCAAGUUUGUGCAAUACUCUGGGUUUGCUGGAGAGCUUAGCUACGGGUGUGGAGGCUGCACGCCUGACAAAUUGAACACGACGUGUCAGGAGUGCUUUGGAAACACAGAUGAGCCAUGCAACAAGGAAAUUAUAACGAUUAAACCGGAUUAUAAGUGCUACGAUUAUGAAUACAAAGAGAAGGAAAAAAAGUUUAAAACCAAAGAUGAUAUGAUAACUUGUCAGAGACGAGAGAAUACUGCACCAAAGUGCAAUAUGCCGGGCAGGGAAGCCACCAGCACCAAUUACCUAAACAACGGAUGUGGAGGAUGUACUGCGGAGGAGAAGGCAGCUAUGACAUGCACGGAAUGUGGAAAUGUUCAGUGCAACAGAGCUUUUGUUGCUGCCUUCACAGCCAUCUUCCUGCCUCUUAUCCUAGCCCUCUUGUGAGAACACUUUAGCAUGACAUGGUCCUGAUGUGAUAGUAAUGUCAGCAUGUUUGUUGAACACGUUUUACGAUUUCAAUGUUUUUAUCAACAUUUUGUAUUUAGAUACAAUCGAGUGAGUGAUAUCAGAGAUUGUGAGGUAGCAU